AAUCAUCAAUCAAAGAAUAAUAAAUCAGUAUUUCAGUUUAUUUUAGUUUUAGUUCGUACGAUUACGCGAUGGACGAACCGAUCGUCCAUCAAUUGGUAUCAGAGCCUGGUUCGACGGAACCGAGCUCUUACCAGCUCGCAGGGCAGACAUCGUCGACGUUCAACCACCAACGUUUGGAAAAGGUCAUGCUCGCAACCACGAUCCGCAGCGACAAGGUGGACAGAUCGCCUACCGAGGCGCCACCAACGAAGAAGCUAACCGUAGCUUCGCCAUUUUAGAUCCACGAACCGCCGGAUAAAUCUCCUAUGCCGAUCAAUGCCAAGGUCUCUUUUUCUACUGUUACCGGAGAGUGAAAUUCAGCAACCCUUCGACUCGACACAACAGUCCAUCGAGGACCAGUGGUUGCCCUAGUCGAUGGUUUUUUGACGCACAACUUCAUAAACCCCGACGUCGCCAAGGGUUUAGCCUUGCCGGCUACACCAAUUCCUCCGUUCAAGGUCAAGACUGCAAACGGGGAAUUCUAGGAUUGUGAGCGCUGUUACAAGGUCGUUCCGAUUCACGUACAAGGUGUAUGGCUUGAAGUAAACUCGUACAAACUUCCGAUUCAUGGGGUUGAUCUCGUCCUCGACCAUGAGUGGCUCAAACAAGUGGCAACGGUAACAACGGAUUGGGAAAAUUCAGCUAUGAGUUUCUGGUGUAAUGACGUAAGGGUCACCGUGCGAGGUUUUUGCAAGGCCACCAAGAGGAUUGCGGAGUUCAAGAAGCUUCAACAAGAGCGUGAUCGACGACGUCGUGAAGCAGGUCCAACGACUCAAGCACUGUCGAGCGGUGCUGUGACUGGAAGCUCCGUACCACCGCGAUCGACCACGGUCACGCCUGAAGGACGAGAGGCCGUUGCGGUUACCGUUGCUGUACCCGUAUUACUUAAGCCAGCGUGUAGCCACGCCGCUACCAAGAAGCUUCAAGACUCCAAGCCAUCACCGCCGUUGUUGAAGUCGCUAGACGCCUCGCCUGCCGAUGUCGUUGAUGUUGCUGCGGCACCGCAUGGACUUGGGGAAUUCAAAGAAGAAGCUAUCAAUACCCCUGCGGCACGUAAUAAAGAUUCAGCUCCUUCUAACUUUCCUUUCGCUAUAGAUAUAUCUUUGCAUCCAUAUGUUUUGAUUGAGCUGGUGGUACGUGAGGGUGAAGGAAUACAUGAGGAGUGGCUUUUGGAGGAUGGGUAUAUUUCUUGGUCAGAAAGCAUCAUGUGUUUCGAUCCGGGUGGGAAUGAUUUGGGUCGGAUUGAAGCUGUUAACAUUGACAGAUUGGAUUGGGUGUUGAAGCUGAACUGGAAAUAUCGAAAGCGUAGGCUCUGGUGUCUAACUCUCACUGUCGUUCAUCACAAGAUGCGCUGAAACUUCUUCCUCAUUGAACCGGGUGGAGACAUCGCUCGAACUUCGGGGACGAAGUUCUUCGAAGGGGGGAGGAUUGAUGCAUUAUCAAUUUCGGCCGCCCAUUAUCAUUAUCAUUAUUAUGAGUUUGUUAGUCGGUUUUGGUUAUUGUUUAGGAAUGGUAUUAAGUUACCGUAUCCUUGUAGGAUUGGUAAGUGAUUAGGUUUUCCGGUUCUACUAUAAAUAUGUACUUGGUUUCUACGUUUUAAUCAUCAAUCAAAGAAGAAUAAAUCAGUAUUUCAGUUUAUUUUAGUUUUAGUUCGUACGAUUACGCGAUGGACGAACCGAUCGUCCAUCAGAUUGCUGUUGUUGCUGCAAGAUCAAAACAACAGCAAUCAGUUAAUUAAUUCAACAUAAGAGAUUGAAUUACAAAUCGUCAUCAACUUAGAACAAGUUACCUUAGAUAUCAACUUCAAGCAUAAACUAUUGGCCUUGGAUACGAUGCUGGUUCCUGAGAAGGGAAUAUUCAAAUUAGGACUGAGGCCUGUAAGUUGUAACUCCAGGAUGAAGAUAUUGGAAGGGAAAUCCCAAAUCAAAUUAAGAAACAGCCAAAAAGAAAUCGCACCAGAUAAGAAUGAAAGGGGAUCGAUGCCAGAGAUAAUGUGAAGUAGUUCGACGGAAAUCUGCAGCGUUCAAGAUGUUUUCACGAGGAUAAAGAGGAGAAGGAUCGAUAUGAACUACGUUCCCCGCAUUGUUUGCAAUGGACGAGUGCCUAUAGCGACUAUGAAUACAAUGAUUCGACGGUUUGACGAUUUGAUCUCGACGGGAAUGGCCGCAACAAGACGCUGGAGAAAGAAUAACAAACAUGUGCAGAAAGGGGUCAGAGAUUUACAAUCUAGGGUUACAUAGGAGCCCCUUCAGUAAAGGAAUAUUAGAUUCACGGUGCAGUUACUGUGAGCCGAGUUUUUUUGGCUCAAUAAAUAAUAUUUUAAUUUAAAGUAAAAUCUUUUUUUCUCAUAUUAUUUUAACGAAAGAUUAAGUGAUUAACAGAGGCGGAUUAGUUUGCUGGGGAAAAGAUAUAUGUUUAGAGGCACAUUACUUAUCUGAAUUUUUCUUCAUUUAACUGUAAAUUAGAAGGCCAUAGCAACUUUUUUAUUUGUCUCGAAAAAGUUGGUUUUUCCCAUAGAUAGUUUUUUCCUCUAAAAGGAAACGAGCCAAGACUUUAACGGCCAUUACUAGAGAAUUUGUCGGUAAAGCAGCAAUUUACUUUCAUUGAUAUUAAAAUAAAAUAGGGUUAUAGGUAUAAUAUGCCCCUCUACUAUGACGUUUUAUCAAACAUGCCCCUCUACUAUUUUUUACUUCAAACAUGCCCUUGUACUUUGAAAAAAUUAUUAAACAUGCCCUUAUGUUAAAAUUUCCAUUGAUAAAAUCGCCAAUCAUGGUUGAACCGAGAUUUAGACGACCCGACAUCGGCAAAUGGGAGCGAAAAUGUCAAUUUUGUCUCCCGUUUUAUUUCUCUGGGUCUCUUCAAAGUGAAAUUAUUUGAAUUAUUUGGCUAUACAAAAGAACAAGAAAAAAUUCUAAAGUGAAAUUAUUAGGGAUAUUUUAGACAUUUGUGCCGCCCAAACCAAAGUUCGACCUUAGUUAACGGUUUUGGGAUGAAAAGUUAAACAAAAGAGCAUGUUUGAUCAUUUUUACAAUGUACAGGGGCAUGUUUGAUGUAAAAAAUAGUAUAAGGGCAUGUUUGAUAAAACGUCAUAAUAGAGGGGCAUAUUAUAC